UUUAAGGUUUUGACUAUUAAAGUUUCUAUCAUUGAAUACCAACGAUGUGCAUGGCAUUUAGAUACUGCAUGUACAAGUUGAUCGGUAGAAGUUGCAGGAGCAGAAAAAUUAGCAGCUGAUUCAUUGUAAGUCUUAGUAUUUCAUAUAAAGAAACAUGAGAAUUUUAGGUUAGAAUAGAUUGGGGGAGUUCAUAGUCAGAGUGGGAAUGGGAGUAGCAGUAGUAUUUUGAUGGUCAAAAGUGAUCUCUCUGAGUGAGCCAAAAGCUGCCAAGGGAAGGAUGAGAAGGAGUCAGUCAUGUGAAGAUGUAGAAGAAGGACAUUCUGAUGAGAGAAAACAGUAAGUCAUAUCUGUUCAUUUUAUUUAAACAUGUCAGAAUUUCUAACAAGGAAGCAGGAAGUGGGGUAAGCAUCAUCAUAAUCCCUUCUUUUCUGUGUUGAAGAUAUUUGUGAAGGCUUAGCACAUUUUAGAGAAUUAAUAAAUAGUCUUCUCUUAUGAAAGCUUACAUGCUUUUUUUUUUGAGUUAACAUAACUCAAGUUUUUGGUUAAAGACCUUAAAGAAGAGAAUUUGGAACUACUUUGCUAUUUUAUUCAAUUGUUUUCUCUUUUAGUAAAAUUUUUAGUAACUAAUUCAUUAAUGGUAAAUUUCACCAUUGAGUUUCCUUUCUUAAUAAAUUGUUGGAUUCCACCUUUUGUGAUAAAUCAUCAGUAUUUCUAUGGAAAUAAUAUGGUAUUGUAAACGGUAAAAGAAUAGUCUUCCAACUGAAUAGGCCAACAUCCACCACCUCAGACUCCCUUGCUGCAUAUGAUGACAAAUUCACAUAGCACUGAGGAGAGUCUGUGUUAUCUGAACAGUGAUAGGCAGGUUUAAAGUUAAGAUGUCUCUGUGAGAUUAGGUUGGCAGUCAGUCCUGGGACCAGUAGCCAUGAUAGUGCUGGCUCCUAGAAGGCUACGUAGAUCCUGUCAUUGAAGAUUCCAGGACUGAAAUGGGCAACGUGAGUGGUUCCGGUGGCAGCAACAAAUCUCAGCACAACUUGCUGGCUAGUGUUCCUGGAAGAUAUGACACUGAUAUCAGCCAGUUUCAAUGACAAUACAGCUCGAGCCACCUAUGGAAGCUACUUGCAGGUUAUCUUCAAAUUUGUGAUGUAAGUACCAUCACAUUUCCCCUUGUAGAUGUACUGUUCCAUUUGGAAGUCAAGGUUAGUGGCGCGUAAAUGGGUUCCUGCUGCAAGGAAUGUGAGGAUUUCCUCCUCCUUCAUUUUCAGGCCUGCAAGGGUUCCAGACCCUGUGAAAGUUUUGAAGGAAAAACAUUGGGGGGGGGAUAUUAGUACUUAUUAAAAUCAUAAGAAACUGAGUAAAAUUACAAAAGUAGUGAAAACAAAAAGUUCUUAAAAUAAAUAAAGUAAUAGCAAUGAUCCCUAAUAUCAAACUUUGAUUAAAGGUUCAUGAAGGAAAGAAGCACGACUGUGGUGACUUGAUAUUAGAAGACAUAUCUGAUUCUGAUAUUGUCAGCAGUGGAUUAACUCAACAAGCAAAGAGUGGAAAAACUGAUAAUCAGCACUGUUCUAUUUCAAUGACCAAAGAAGAUCCUUAUAGUAGGGUUCCUGACACAGUGAAGAAGACAACCCAACGUGAUUCAGCGUCUUGCCCAGUAUCUGCGGUUGUAGCCAGCACAAAGCCUGUUGUGAUUCCAGUGAAUGGAGUCGGCGGGAGACACGAACCAGAUAAGAAUGUCACAAGUAGGGUUCCUGACACAGUGAAGAAGACAAUCCUACGUGAUUCAGCGUCUUGCCCAGUAUCUGCUUUUGUAGCCAGCACAAAGCCUGUUGUGAUUCCAGUGAAUGGAGUCGGCGGGAGACACGGACCAGAUAAGAAUGUCACAAGUAGGGUUCCUGACACAGUGAAGAAGACAACCCAACGUGAUUCAGCGUCUUGCCCAGUAUCUGCGGUUGUAGCCAGCACAAAGCCUGUUGUGAUUCCAGUGAAUGGAGUCGGCGGGAGACACGAACCAGAUAAGAAUGUCACAAGUAGGGUUCCUGACACAGUGAAGAAGACAAUCCUACGUGAUUCAGCGUCUUGCCCAGUAUCUGCGGUUGUAGCCAGCACAAAGCCUGUUGUGAUUCCAGUGAAUGGAGUCAGCGGGAGACACGGACCAGAUAAGAAUGUCACAAGUAGGGUUCCUGACACAGUGAAGAAGACAAUCCUACGUGAUUCAGCGUCUUGCCCAGUAUCUGCGGUUGUAGCCAGCACAAAGCCUGUUGUGAUUCCAGUGAAUGGAGUCAGCGGGAGACACGGACCAGAUAAGAAUGUCACAAGUAGGGUUCCUGACACAGUGAAGAAGACAACCCAACAUGAUUCCGCGUCUUGCCCAGUAUCUGCGGUUGUAGCCAGCACAAAGCCUGUUGUGAUUCCAGUGAAUGGAGUCGGCGGGAAACACGAACCAGAUAAGAAUGUCAUAAGGGUUCCUGAGCUACAGAAGAAAGUAGUAAAGGAAAGCCAAAGUGAUGUAAGGUCUUCAAAAUCUUUGGACCUAUCUAUUAGGAAACCUGUUGCUGUAGUUCCAAGGAAUGUCAAUGACGGGAAACAUCAACCAGAUGAGAAUGUCACAAAUAGGUUUUCAGACAAACAGAACAAGCCAAGCCAAAGUGAUUCAAGGCUUUCAACCAAAUCUGUGGGUCUAGCCAGUACGAAGCCUGCUGUGAUUCCUGUGAAUAUGGAUGGUGGGAGAUGGGAACCAGAUAAGAAUGUCACAAGUAGGGUUGCUGACAACAGGAAGAAGACAACCCAAUUUGAUUCAGCAUUUUUAUCAGAAUCUGCGGGUCUAGCCAGUACGAAGCCUGUUGUGAUACCAGUGAAUGUAGUCGGCGGAAGACCAGAACCAGAUAAGAAUGGCACAAGGAGGGUUCUUGGUUUCCUGAAGAAGUUAGCAAAAAAGCGAAACAAUAUUUUAAACACUUCAUCAAAAUCUGUUGGCCAAAUCAACAAGAAGAGUGGUCCCUGCCCGUCCAGUGAAUGUGAAUCACAGGAGAGGGUUCUUGGUUUCCUGAAGAAGUUAGCAAAAAAGCGAAACAAUAUUUUAACACCUUCAUCAAAAUCUGUUGGCCAAAUCAACAAGAAGAGUGGUCCUGCCCUUCCAGUGAAUGUGAAUCACAGGAGUCAUGACCCAGUUGAGAUUCCCCGAAGGACGGAUCCUAGCUUGCAGAAGAAUGCAGUAAAGGAAAGCCAAACUGAUCCAUGGUCUUCACCAGAUUAUGUGGGUCAAGUCAGCGAGCAGGCUGGUGCUGAACUUCCAGUGAAUGUAGAUGCCAGGAGAUAUGACUCAGAUGAGAAUGCCAGAAGUAAUAUGCCUGGCUUACAUAAAAAUGGAGUAAAGAAGAGCAAAAAUGAAACAUGUAAUUCACCAGUAUCUGUGCCUAAAGUAAGCAGGAAGUCUGGUGUUUUGCAUUCAGUGACUGGUGACAGCAGAAGACAUGAAUCAAGACAGAAUAAUGGCAGCAAUGUCUAUAAUUUCUUCCUGUAUAGAGUUCCUGGCUUUACUAGAAAAAAAGGAAAGAAAAGCACCUAUGUAAUUAAUAUGCCAACAGAACCUCUGACAGUAACACAUGAGACGGCUGGUGUAGUAUUUCCGGAGCAAGGUGACAGCAGGAGACAUGAAAACAAUCAGGAUGUUGGAAGGCCUGUAAAGAAAACAUCUAAUGAGAAGAAGGAAAUCAAUCCUACAGAUGACUCUGAUGACAUAACUCAGACAUCUGAAACAGCCUCAACAGGUUGUGACUCGUUUUACUCGGAACAUGAGAAUUGUACGUUGUUAAUGGAACAACUUUGCAUGAAUUGUAAAGAUACUACCUCGGCCUGUGGAACUACAGUUCUCAUGAAGUUUAGAAAGUUUGUGGUCAUUUUUUCAAAAUACUUUUUUUUUUCGUUCCCCUAA